CAAACAGCGACUGAUCCAGUGGCGUCUUUACGUCUGACGUCAUAUAACCUAGUUUUCUUUCCAGCAACUGGUCAUAUAGUGCUCUAUACACGGGCUGUGUGUGGUUAUGUAAUCAGUUUCAAGCACAAAUCGAAGUGAACAAAACAGCAUGGCAAGUGGAGAAGACUUGUCAGAAUAUUUUACAGGUACACAUGAAGUAGAAGAAUGUCUUGAUUGUGAAGGUGAGGCAGAUCCACCUCUAUCCAGCAAAGUGUGUAAGAAAUCUCAUGAAGGUUUUAUAGUAGCAGAUAAGUUCACCAUUGAACAUUUACCUGUUGGUUACCAAGACAACGACCUGUAUGACCUAGUUAACGCUAUGGCUGGUCUGACGGUACAGAUUAAGGUCAAGUACACAAGCGCAGACAGACCAGAACUUAUACCUGGCACUGAGGAUCUCUAUCCUUGCUCCAAGUACAAAGGGGAGAAGAGAGUCAUGUUCUAUGUGACGGGGAGGGUGUGGAUGGUCCGGAAGUACAUGGAGGGGAUGGACGGCUACAGGACAUCCCCGUGUGCCUCUGUUGGACACACGUGUACAGCCGGCCAAGACUUGUGGCUCGUGGAUGUCAUGACGUCAAGACACGUGGUCUUUGAUGCCAUUGAGGCCAGGAACUCCACCUGUAGGUUGUGGUACGACAACGGUCAAAGUCCAAAGGUCAAUAUCGACGGUUGGAAAGUAGGUGUGUCAAACACAGACCAAGAUAUAUGUGUGCUGCAUUGUGUGACACACGACCCUGAUGUGGCUCAAAAGCUGUCGAAGACAAGACAACUGUUUGUUCGCUAAUGUAAAAAGGUGAAAGAAAAGUUCGAAAGUCGUAGAGAUGUGGACAAGCUGACCAUCAUAGUGGCACAUCCUCAUGGCGGACCUAAGAAGAUCUCAAUCGGUCACUGGGUACACAGGCAGGAGGUGGGGGAUGGCACGACCGGGAAAAAAGCUGAUGAUACAAGUCAACAUUACAAGUACACAAAAUCUGUACACGGUUGGUGUACACGAUACACGUACACCACAUCUACCUGUCCAGGUAGCAGCGGGGCGCUAGUAUACAGACUGGGGUGUACAGAUAGGUCUGACCACCCCCACAGUGGGGCGCUAGUGUACAGACUGGCGUGUACAGAUAGGUCUGACCACCCCCACAGUGGGGCGCUAGUGUACAGACUGGCGUGUACAGAUAGGUCUGACCACCCCCACAGUGGGGCGCUAGUGUACAGACUGGCGUGUACAGAUAGGUCUGACCACCCCCACAGUGGGGCGCUAGUGUACAGACUGGCGUGUACAGAUAGGUCUGACCACCCCCACAGUGGGGCGCUAGUGUACAGACUGGCGUGUACAGAUAGGUCUGACCACCCCCACAGUGGGGCGCUAGUGUACAGACUGGCGUGUACAGAUAGGUCUGACCACCCCCACAGUGGGGCGCUAGUGUACAGACUGGCGUGUACAGAUAGGUCUGACCACCCCCACAGUGGGACAUCCAGCCGCCUUCAAUUAAAUUAUAGCGGUUAUAGGUUCGAAGGUCAGGGGGCUGGCAAAUAAUACACGUCUCUAGCAGAUAGAUAAUAAGUUAUGAAUGACAAGUACCAGUAGAUGGAAAUCAUGUUAUCAAAACACUUCACAAACAGAUAGAUAAGUUAUCAGCCAAAUAAAAAUCUUAGAGAAAUAGAAGCCUAAUGUAACAGUUUGUUUUGGACCCCAGAAUCUCGUGUUACAACAGGAUCCAU